AGGAAGUAGGGUACUAGGAGAUAACAUGACACAAUGUUCAAGUUAGCCAGGUCGUGUUCAAAGGGCACUCUGCCCGCUACUCUGCCCGCUGCUCUGCCCGCUGCUCUGCCCGCUGCAUUACUAGCAAGAUGCAACUCAACUGCUUACAACCUUAUUGAAGUGGGCAAGUUUACUGCUCCUAAAGUUACUGGCAACUAUGACUGUGGGCAGAUGUUUCUGCACAAGAAACUGGACUAUCGGGGCGUUGUACUGUUUCCUUGGGUAGCUCGUCUAUUUAGUCGUAAUAACAAAGCUUUCCCAACACUAUUUGAUAGUAUGCUAAAGAAAGGAGAAGUUGACGAUAUCCCUGGAUUUACUAAGGAGAGCUAUCAGACUUUAAUAUAUUAUCAAGUUCUACUCGAUUUCAGAGAUUGUCCCAUCGUAUCACAGAGGGAAGGAAUUACGUUCUUGGGACAAAAUUCUGACAACAAGUUUUACACAAUACCUGGAAUAGAUUACAUUUCACACGAGGAUGUCCUGCCUUAUGAGCACUCCGAGUCUAUCAGAGAUCCGAUACAGCAUAACCUCUUCCAGAAAUUCCUGGAGAAGAAAAACGACCAAAAUGGAUUGGCUUCUUAUUACUCAACGAACAUGCUGCAUCAGUUCCAUGAAGACAACUUUGACUGCUUGCGAUUGAGGGACGUUCACAGUCAAACUACCAAUGGUGUUAAGAUAACUGUUUACAGUUUUUACAUGGGAUGCAGGUCGGAGACACCAAAUAAAGAGCACUGGUGGAGGUACAGUAUUUUAAUGGAGAAUGUGGGGGACAUAACCGUGCAGCUACGGGAGAGAACUUGGUGUAUUUUCAGCAAUGCUGACAACAAAGAGUCGGUCACUGGCAAAGGGGUCGUCGGCCAGGAGCCAAUGCUGAAAUCAGGGCAGUGUUUCCAGUACAGUUCUCUGGUCAGUCUGAGGUCCAGUGCAGGGCACAUGUGGGGCACCUACUUGUUUGAGCGGGAGGACCGGAAGUUUAUUAACGUCAGCAUCCCUCCCUUUCUGCUUGUCAGCAAGGUAGCUGAGCCCCAGACUUAGGGUUGUCUGAUACCUUUCUGGGGAGGGGGAAAAUGUGGUGAUUAUUAGAAACAGCUUUUAAAUGUUGAAAUAAGAAAAUUAUUUUUGAGCGGAAAUUUCAUUUUACACUGUUAAACUUUUGGGAUGGUCCGUUGAGGUCGUCGGUUUGAUUGCUCGGUUGAGUGAUAGGACCCACCGAAUUGAACCUAGAACAGAAUGAAAGUUCAGCAGAUUAAGAAUCGUUUACUUGAUCAUUCAUUUAAAUCAGGAGAUUAGAGAUAUGCUUACUUGAGACAUUUGAUCCUUUGUACCAAAGUUGUCCUCGAUUGGGUCUCAAAUCUCUAUUCCAGAACCGUAAACAAGUUUUCUUUUUGGGCCAUUUUUGUGACCUGGAUGGUUACUUUAAGAUAAUAUUAUACUAUUCAGUUUAUAAUUACGGGACAUUUCGAAGAAGAGAUAAAAACUUGCAAACUUAUGUUAUCGAAUCAUUGUUAAUUUUGAGUACUAGUCUUUCAUAGUUUUAGCUGUAUUCCUUUGUUGGAUUAGUAUCCUCAAGAGUUCUAUUUCUUUUUAAGAAUUGUAAAGUAAAUGUUGAGAAUGUAAGGCUAAAAAAGAGAGCAAAUUAUCGUUUUUACUACUCUGAUAAUUUAUUGUUUUAUAACCUAA